GUUAUUAGUAAUUAUCUGGCUUUCUUCAGAAGAAUAUAUACCUUUCCUCAACGGUGUUAUUCGCAGGAGAGACGAAAAUUCGUGCAAUUUUCGUCGCAGUAACUAAGAUAAUUUUAGCAAAAAUCGAUUUGUUUUAUGAACAAAGUAACGAUUGCUCUUACACACGACUUCUUUGCUGCAUUAGCAAAUUUACUUCUUUAAAACGUUUAAUUUUGUUCAGCAAACUAUAGAUUUGCUGAAUCAACUAAAUCAGUUUUUUCCGUGAUUGCACGUAAUAUAAAAUAACUACACACGUUUGCGAGCACUGUUUGAUGAUUAAAUGCAGUUUUUUUUCAUUCGUUCUUGAUUUGCCAAUACACGCAAGCACGUUAUUUCUAAUACAUUGCUUCAUGAUGUAUUUAAUUUUGCUAAUUGACGCGAUAACAUUGAUAAUAGAAUUCUGAGGAAAUUAGGCUCGGAUGGUAAAACUAUAUUUUCAACAUUAAUUACUGUUAGCGCAGUUAUUGUUACGAUGCUGCUUUGACGUAAUAUAACUAGUAAAGCAUUUUGCCGCUUUUGCAUUUAUACCUUGAGCGUAUUGUGCAUUUAAUAACAUUAUUUACAGUAAAAUAUUAGCGCCACGAGACAUGCAUGUACAUUUGUAUUUUGCCCGAUGUUUUAUAAUAUUUGAAAUGAGUGUAAAUAACGAGUAAAACAUAUUAGAUUCUUUUUUGGAAAUCUGUAUCGAUGUUGGAAAGAUAUGUAAUCCAUCCAUGGCAUCGGCGAAGCCAACCACAUGCAAAGAAGCUGUACGGCGAUGGGAGGAAGAAAAUCAACAAAACGCAGCUACAGCGACAGAAGUAAUCUUAAGCUUUCAGUGGCCUCCAAUAGAAAAAAUGGACAAUGCGCUAGCAGCUUUGACGAAUUGUGGAAAGCUUUCCCUAUCGACAAAUAUGAUCGAGAAGAUUGCAGGCAUUGGGACUCUGAAAAAUUUAAAGAUCCUGUCAUUAGGUCGUAAUUUAAUCAAAGGUUUCGCCGGUCUCGAACCUUUAGGCGAUAUUCUCGAGGAGCUUUGGAUUUCGUACAAUUGCAUCGAGAAGAUGAAGGGCAUCCAAGCGAUGAGGAAUCUUCGGGUACUUUACAUGUCUAAUAACUUGGUGCGAGAAUGGAAUGAAUUUGCAAGGCUACAAGAGCUUGCAAAUCUUCGAGAUUUAGUUUUCGUCGGUAAUCCGCUGUAUGAAAGUCUUGAGGUAGAGCAAUGGAGGCUCGAGGUUGCACGGCGUUUGUCCAAUUUGGAGAAGCUCGAUGGAGAUCCCAUAAUUCGAACGGAAGAAAAUCCAAUUCAAUUAAAUAAAACUGAUACUCCAUCAAGUGAUUUGCUCGGUCAAGAAUCUAGCUAAUGUCUUAAAUACUUUUAUGAUAAAGUAAAUCAAAUUUAAUUGUCCAUUCUAUCUAAAUUAUUUUUAUAAAGUAAAGAUAAAAUUUCUUUUAUCCAGUAGAAAUUUUCAAACCGGAUUGUGACAACUUGAAUUUUUAUCUCUUGAUCCACGAUCCUUAUCCAACUCUAGGAGUUAAAAAUAUUAACAUGUUUGAACAUUUAGCUUAAAUUAAAUCUGUAAAUAAAAUAAAUGAGAAUUAUUUUUGUGAAAUAAAAAGGCAUAUUACAAUCUUUAGUUUGUGUAAAAAACGCAUCUAUGCGAAUAACAAAUAGAGAAUUAACUAUGUAUUACCUGUACGGCAAAAUAUUGUUAAUAAAUAAUAAUAGUAAAUUCAA